UUAGUAAAAGCGCACAUGGAACAUGUAAAUAAUGACUUGAAUACAAGUCAUAUACUUAUCGCCAAAUAUCUGCUGAUAUAUCAACUGGUUGUGCUCACCGGAUGUACAGUAACUAAUGCUUGUAUAUUUUUGUCGAUAUAUUAAACCUAGUGGACCUGUUGUAUUUUACUUCAACAGACUAAACAUGUCAACAACGAACUCGCACCCGAAGUGGCCUGCAUUUGUUUUGUUCGGUGAUUCUAUAACACAGUUCAGCUUUAGUGAAGAAGGGUGUUGGGGUGCUUUAUUAACUGACCAUCUUCAAAGAAAAUGUGACGUGUUAAACAGAGGGUUCUCAGGGUAUAAUUCAAGAUGGUGUAAAAUAAUGUUACCAAAAAUUAUAACUGCUGAUACAGCUAAGAAUGUUGCAGGGGUCACGUUAUUUUUAGGCGCCAAUGAUUCAAAUGCCGGAGACACAAAUCCUCGACAGCACGUCCCUUUAAACGAGUUCAAACAAAAUAUGGCGGAUAUGGUAGAAUAUUUACAGUCUAUUGGAAUUGAAAGAGAAAAGAUUAUUAUGAUAUCCCCACCCGCCUAUAAUAACGAUGCAUGGCAACUAGAGUGUGUCAAGAAGGGAAAACCAUGCAGCAAAACCACAGAAAAUACACAAAAAUAUGCGACAUCGUGUGUUCAACUAUGUAAAGAAACUGGUAUAUGGAGUGUUGAUUUGUAUUCUGAGAUGUUAAAGAACGAGAACUGGAAAGAAAUGUUGAAUGAUGGCCUGCAUUUAUCAACGAUUGGAUCGCGACUUUUAUUUAAAUUAUUACAACCAAUCAUUGACAAGUUAACAUCUGAUCUUCCAAUGAAUUUUCCACUACAGGAUGACAUUGAUUAUGAGAAUCCCAUUUCCUCUCUUCAGUGAAAGUUCAAAAAAUAUUUUGUUUUAACUAGUA